UCAUGUGAUGCGAGCCGAGCCGAGCCGAGCCAAGAGCGGCAGCAUGGACCGCGCCGCGCACGGCCCGCUACGGGCAGGGGGGACCUGCCGGGCGCGCAGGCGGCCGCGUCUCCAUGGCAGGGCGGGCGCGGCCAGUGCGGGGGGGGGUCAGGGCAGGCGGGUGCCCGCCGCCCGCCGGGGCGGCCCCCGCUGCAUCGCGCCCUGCCCCGGGCUCAGCGCGUCCUGCGCGCACCGCGAAUUUCAGCGCCGCGCGCAGAGCCCCCGGCUCCUGGCCGCGGGCGCGCAAUUAGCGCCCCGCGGGACACGCUGCCGGGCUUCGCCGGACCCCAGCGGCCCCGCGCCGGGCGAGCCCUUCCCGGCCCCUCGGAGAGAAGCGCGAGUGUGCGGCCAGCCGCGUCCGAGGCGCAGCGGCGGCGUGCGGCGGCGGCACCUUAACGGCAGAGCCGGCGGUAUUUUUAGCUUCUCCUCGCCUACACACUCGCGUGGAAAGUACAGGGAAGGCUGCGUCCCCCGCCCGGGAGCAGAGACGGGAGCGGGCAGGCGCCAGCCCUGCGGCGAGAUGCGCAGCUUCUCCUUCGGGGGCAAGGAGAGCGCGCAGUCCGGCUGCAGAGCCCGCCCGUCCUUUGCGAGCUGGGGCAGUUGGAUUUGGAUUUGGAUUUGAAGGAGGCCGGCCCCCUCCAUCGCCCCUCAGGGCCGCCCUCCCCCCGAGAGCAGAGCUGGGGGAGCUCUCCCUCAGCGUAGGGAGUCUCACUGAUUAAUGGCCCAGUAAUCUGUUAACCACUAACUACCGCCUGUGGCUACAUUGUAGGGGGCUUUGUGGCCUGGCUGGAGUAAUGUAAACAGUUUCCCACCCUGAGCUCUCAGCUUGAAUAGGAAUCUCCUAAUCUGUGUACACUGGGAUCCUCCCAGGCUGGGGUAAUGUGAGACCAACCCUCUGAACGCCAAAGCAUUCUUGAUCCAAAAACCUCCAACCCCAUUCCCUGUUGUCUUUGCUCCUUUGCUGCCCAUCACAACCCCCAGGUGAUAUUCCAGGCCACCCCAAUGGUUUAGUACCAGUUGAGCACAGGAACAGGUGGGGGAGGGGGAGAAAGGGAGACCCCUCUGCUUAUUUCCAUUGGGCUAAUUUAGUUUCCUGCAAUUCCUUCCUUUUGGCCCUUGUGUACUUCCGGAGUGGAAGAAAAUCACAGAAGCAGCCAGGCGAGAGCUGUGUGCAGGGGAAGGGGAAGGGGAAGGGGAAGCUGUAGGGUGUUACCCCUUCCCUUUCUGGCCGGCAGGAAGGACAGGGCUCUGCCAAUGUGUAUCAUCCCACUCCCCUACACAGGAGCUAUGGCACCAAACUCUGCCCAGCUUCCCUAGAUACCAUGGCUGAAUGUCACGCAGCUGGGGUGAAAGAACUGGUGGCUGAAUGUCAAACAUGCCAGCAAAAAAUGAGCCCAUGUGUCCAGGAGCAGCAGGCUGGGAAAAGAAUAAUUCACCACACCAAGAAACUUUGAUUUGUUUUCUAUCCUCUCUCUUGUCUUCUACAUGAAUUAGCCAGAAUUAAUCCCAGCUGCUGAGGAAAUGGGCCUGGCUCUGCUCUUCCUUACUCCAGUCUUGUAGUGCUGUAACACCGGGACCUCCUGUGGAUCUGCUUCCAGUUGACAGCUGGAGAAUCAGGCCCAAGCUAGAAUGUUUGAGUUGAUCUUUCUUUCCACCCAAAGGAACAGGGUGAGUUGCCAGGGCAUUUUACUGACAUCUUUAACUUACAAACUUUAUGUAACUGCUGGAAAUGGCCCACCUUGAUUAUCACUACAAAAGGUUCCCACCCCACCCUGCUCUCCUGCUGGUAAUGGCUCACCUUAAGUGAUCACUCUCUUGUUACAGUGUGUAUGGUAACACCCAUUGUUUCAUGUUCUCUAUGUAUAUAAAUCUCCCCCCUGUAUUUUCCACUGAAUGCAUCCAAUGAAGUGAGCUGAAGCCCAUGUAGCCCAUUUAUUUAUGCUCAAAUAAAUUGGUUAGUCUCUAAGGUGCCACAAGUCCUCCUUUUGCGAAUACAGACUAACAUGGCUGCUACUCUGAAACCUUUAUGUAAGCAAUA